CAGGGCUAACAGCACCUUAAUCACAGACUAACAGCACCUGUAUCACAGACUAACAGCACCUUUAUCACAGACUAACAGCACCUUUAUCACAGACUAACAGCACCUUUAUCCCAGGGCUAACAGCACCUUUAUCACAGACUAACAGCACCUGUAUCACAGACUAACAGCACCUUUAUCACAGACUAACAGCACCUUUAUCACAGGCUAACAGCACCUUUAUCACAGGCUAACAGCACCUUUAUCCCAGGCUAACAGCACCUUUAUCCCAGGCUAACAGCUUCUUUAGCUCAGGACUAACUGCUCCUUUAGCCCGGGGCUAACGGCUCCUUUAGCCCGGGGCUAACGGCUCCUUCAUCCCAACCUUUGAUACCUCAGUUUGGAUGUACACUCCGUCACACCUGCUCAUCCAGGUGUUUCAAUGUGACCUUGGAGGUUUUGGAUGAUCACCAACAUUCUGAUGAAAAUACAAACGAGACUCAUGUUGAGUUUUAUUUCUGUGGCUGCUGUCACUUCCUCCCAGCCUCCAGCAGGAUGACACCUUCAGCCUCUGACAUUAGAAAAGAUGAUAACACACAAAGUAAGAAUCUGCAGUAUUGAUCAUGUUCAGUGCUGUGAAAGGUCAAAGUUUAGGUUUGUCUCUUGUUGAAGGAGACACAUAAAGAUGCUGCUUCAUUAUCUGUGAUAUAUUAUCUGUGUCUUUGAGGAAGGAGGGCAGAUGAGGAGCAGCUUCUUCACUCUCCCAGCACAUGUUUUAUCAUCAUCUUCACCAUUAUCUGGGUUCUGUUGCAGAGUUCUGUUCACACCCUCUGAACAACAGCUUCAGACUGGAGAAACAUCAGACCAGUCUGAUGGAUUUAAUGUUUCAUCGAGCUGCACACAGUGAAACCUGACAGCAGAAUCACAAAACAACAAACCAAACAAACCGAACUUGACGAGCUGAUCUGGUGAGGAUUCAGACCCACAGCCAGUCUGACAGAUUAAACCAGGUGGAGGUGUGUUCAUGUGUCUGACUGAGGGAACCUGCAGUAAAUGAUCGAUCAAUGAAUAAAACAGUAAUAGACUGAUAUUGACUGAUGGCUGUGGCUUGUCCUCUGACCUCUCCACAGGUUCUGUCUCAGGAUGUCCACAUGAGUCUGAUUAAAUGACCUCGGAGUGUCAUUUGCCCCAUGAUCGACCAGCAGCAGCCCGGCUCGGCUCGGCUCGGCUCGGUAAUUCCCAGCGGCAGACGGGCCGAGCAGCACAAAGUGUUUGUCUCCAAUCUGCAUCAAAACGGACACAAAUGAGCUCCAACAGCCGGAACGCGAGACCCGCAAUCCGCUGUUAUCGACACAAACGGGAUGUUUCUGCGGCGGCGGAGAUUUUCUUCUGCGCAUGAUGACGCGGUGAAGUUUGCGCUCCGGCUCCGCGCGGCGGCAGCGGCAGCGGCAGGAAGUAUGUUGUCGAAGCGGCGGUAGAGGGAAAAGAGCCAAGAACCAAAAGUCGGUGGUAGAAGAGGAGGAGGAGAAAUAACCAUGCCUAAUCCGUGAAACUUGCACAUUUUGCACUUCCACGUCGUGCAUUGUGCAUCUUGCGGGCGCAGAGGCCAUUUGAGGGUGAUACCUCAUUGGCUGGUGUGACCCCCGCAGGCCCGCCACCUCCCAGGGUGGGCCGUGAUUGGCUUGAACUGCACUGACAACUCUUGGAGAGAAAAUGGCUGCCACUGCUGCCCCCCCAUCUUAAGAGCUAAGCCCCUCCCCUGACAUCACUGUUCAUUGCUUUGUUGUGAACUGUGAUUCCCGCCAACCUAUUUGCUUUAGAGUACUAUGGCAAUGCAUGAUAUGAGUCGUGCCAAGGGUUUCCCCUGUAAAGAGUGUGAUAUGGUUUGCCCGAGUACUCCAAGUCUUCUAGAACAUAUGAAAGCACAUUAUCAGCAAGAAGAUACCGGACGUUUUGAGUGUGAACAGUGUGGCAGAAUUUACAAACACGCUGCUAGUCUAGCUAAUCAUAAAAAAUCUCACGAGGUGGGUUCAUUCCAGUGUCCUGUUUGUACACGUACCCUACCCAACGCUGUAGCAUUGAAAAACCACCUACGUAUCCAUACAUUGUCCCCUAGUAGUGCACACGCAGAAGAAGAGAGUGAAGAAGUGCCCGAAGAACAAGGCCACGACGAGAGGGACUACGGCCUCGCCCAAGACCUCUCGGACGGGUUUGGGCGCUCACAUUUGAACAAUAGUGGCAUGGGACAUAGUGUCCUGCAAAGCCACGAAACAGACGACCACGGAAAAAAAGGCUCCCCUGAAUCUGACGACGCUUGGGACAGACCGUUCAAGUGUGAUCAGUGUGACAGAACCUACCGGCAUCACGGUAGCUUGGUGAACCACAAGAAGUGUCACCAGCAAGGAACAUUCAAGUGCUCUGUGUGUUUUAAACAAUAUAGCAACCUGGCUGCCUUAAACAGCCACGAGAGAACUCACUCGAAGUUCAAGACCCCUGGAGCAUCCAUGGUGAGCAGCAGCAGUAACAGCAGCAGUGGCAACCAGUCAUCCCAGAGUGACGACACGGCCUCCUGUUUUUGCCACCUGUGCCAGGUAGCGCUGCCAAAUAAGGCAGACUUCCAGGAGCACAUCCUGCUGCACAACACGGCCACACCGUCACUUGGACUGCCACGCAGUUUCCCCGGCAUCAUGCCUCACAAUCUGAGUGCAGUUCGAUCCCCAGCAUACACCCCCGCCUUGGGGGAUCCUCUGCCCCUGCCACCCCUGCCCAGUGAGAAAAGAGGUCCCUAUGACCCCAUAAUGGGCCCUCCAGUCAACAACCCCAUCUACACGUGUGCUUAUUGUGGCGCAGGACACCCAGAUCUGGAGACCUUGAAAGUCCACUAUCUGACCCAUGAUCCCCAUCCUGGCUCUCAUGGCCAGGACAGCUCCAUCCUCAACUCAGACACACUAAGCUCUGGAUCACAGGGCUCGGUGUCCUCUCCAUCUGGAGGCCGUGUGCCCCAGGCCAACUCUCCAGAUGACGGAGAGCGGCGCUUUAAAUGCGGGGAGUGCGGCAAAAGCUACCGGCAUGCAGGAAGCCUGGUCAACCACAAACGCUGCCAUCAGACAGGCCACUACCAGUGCACCAUUUGCUGUAAGCAGUAUCCUCAUCUGGCAGCGCUACACAGUCACCUACGAAGUCACAAGGGGCGUCCCUCUAACCAGCCUAUUGGUAAUGACGGCAAUGACUGGUUAUCUCCAGAGCCACUAACUCUAGACUCCCAGCAGAGCUACGUCCAAGAAGGCAGUGGUGCCACCACUCCAAUCUCACUGCCAGGAAAUCUUGGUGAUGCAGCCCACUUUGUACCAGACGGUGGCCACAGCAGUGGGUUGGACUCUCUUGAGUUUCAUGAUCGCUUUGAUGGCAGCUCACUUUCCCAGAGCAACUCUGCUCACCGUCAGGCAGACAGACACGUGUGUGCGGACUGUGGUGAGAUGUAUGGUGAUGUAUCUGGCAUCAAGUCACACAUGUGUCCUCGCCGUGGCCAGCAGCAACAGCCGCCACAACAGCAGCAGGGCAACAUGUCCAACGGUUUUAUGGGGAACAUGAACUACCACAGCUCCGGUGGAACCUCGCUGCCGGCUGGAAGCUCCAGUGGACUGAAAGACAGCAGCAGCCAGCGACAGUACUCUCAGAGUGGUGGCAAGAGAAUGGGGAGCAAUGACAAAGAUGACGAUGAUGAUGGAGAGGUUUAUCAGUGCUCGGUGUGUGGCAACCACUACGCCAGCCUCAGAGCACUUAGGAGCCACCUGCGUAGCCAUGCCAAUAACCCAACAGGGCCUGGACCCUCCACCCUGGAGCAGGAUUGGCGGAUGAUAUGCUCCACCUGUGGCCAGAGCUUCUCCAGGAAGCAGGACCUCCUAAAUCAUCAGUUAGUCCAUGGGCCCCAAAGGCCAGAUGGGCAGCAACAGGGUAUCGGAGGCACCUCAGCUAAUGGUAAUGACAAGAUGGACGGGCGCAACCACAUUUGUGUUGACUGUGGCAUGUUUUUUGCUGAUCGCCACCACCUGAUUACUCACCUGUGCCCUGGUAAGAAUCGUGCCAGCUCAAUGAGCAAGCAGGGCCUAAAUGGAGCCAAAGGGAUGUCUGGAGGAGAUGGAGUUGGUGGCGGGGUCGCCGGAGGAAGCCGUGAUGUUGGUGGUGAUGGACGUAGGCCGAUGGUUGACCAAAGUGACAAGCCUCACAAGUGUGAUCAAUGUGGACGAGGAUACCGACACCCAUGCUCACUCCUCAACCACAAGAAGUCCCAUAAGACUGGAGUUUUCCGCUGCUUGGUGUGCCAGAAACGCUACUACAAUCUGCUGGCUCUUAAGAAUCACCAAAGGACUCACUUUGAUCUAAAGAGGCACAAGUGUGAAGAAUGUGGAAAGGCUUUCAAGAUCCAAAAGCAGCUGAUCAACCACCUCCGUCUCCAUGAGGAGCAUCGGGCCAAAGGUCUUGUUCGGUCUGGCCCCAACGGUUCCCGAUUCCAGCAGCCCGGUCCGUCUCAAAUGCAGACUAUGAGGGGAGAGUCAUCAAAAAGCCAGGUAAUGGGCAUGAAAUACAGCCAUCAAGGGUUCAAAAAGCCCUACUCCUCGGCUGGAACAUCCAGGCCCCAGAAGUUUGAUCCAGCUGAAACUGGACGACGGCCUUUUUCCUGUGAAGAAUGUGGAAAGACAUAUCGCCAUGCAGGCAGCCUGGCCAAUCACAAGAACCUUCACAAAAUCGGGGAGUACCACUGCAAUGUCUGCAACUCUACAUACCCCAACAGGCUGGCAAUGAAAAACCACCUACGGCUCCACUUUGCCCAGAAGAAGCACAACUGUCAAGAGUGUGGCAAGGGCUUUCGCACCCAGAGACAGCUAGCUACCCAUACUACAGCUGGGUUGUGCAAAGGCCCGCAGGGCCCCGGGGCCCAGAUGGAUUUUGAAUGCGAUGGCUGCUGUGAAGGCUUUACCACGGCUGAUGAGCUUGCAGCCCAUGACUGCCCAGCCCAGCACCUGCCUUCAUCCUCAUCUACCAACAGCUCCACCAACAUCAGCAUGGAGAGAAGCUCUGUGGACUUGGACUCUGACGAGAGACCCUAUGCCUGUGACCUCUGUAGCUGUGCCUACAAACAUGCAAGCUCCUUGCUGAACCACAAGCACACCCACAAGACGGGAAACUUCCGGUGCAACUUCUGUGACAAGCCCUACACCAAUUACAUGGCAUUACGCAACCACAUGCGCAUCCACACGCAGCGGAAGAAGCACAUCUGCCACACGUGUGGGAAAGCCUUCCGGCUAGCCAGGUUCCUCCGCAACCACCAGAAGGUCCAUGAGGAAGGCGCCACCCCUUUCGGCUGCCCCACCUGUGGGAAGAGUUUCCAGGGGAGGUCCGGUCUGGCCAGGCACCGCUGCGGGGACAACCAGGUAGGCAUGGAAGUCAGGAGGAAGGCCACUGCACCCACGGGAGAGGGCGAGGAGUGUCGGUACACAUGUGAUCAGUGUGGCCGCUCCUACCGCCAUGCCAGCUCUCUCCUUAACCACAAGAACACCCACACUGUCGGCAUCUACCACUGCGCCGUGUGCCUCAAGACCUACUCCAACCUGCUUGCCCUGAAGAACCACCGCCGUAUCCACUCCGAGACACGGCGCCACCGUUGCCACGACUGCGGAAAGGCCUUCCGUGUUUCCUCUCAGCUCUACAACCACAGACGUGUCCACCAAAAGCAGCGGGAGCUGACCUGCCGGUCCUGCCAACGAGCCUUUCCUACGCAUGCCAGCUUCAGGCUCCACAUGGAGAUCACCCAUGGUCAGGCACCCCAGCCCCGCCAGCCCAGACCCCAGCAGCCUCGACCAGGGGGCUCCCAGGAGCUGGGCUGGGGGUCAGGCCUGGACCUCACCUUGAUGCAAGAGCAAGGACUCACCCCCAGCAGCAUGACCAAAGCCCGCGGCCGUGGGGGAAACAGUGAGAUCAUCAAGUCCCAUGUCUGUGACCAGUGUGGUCGCUCUUACCGCCACGCCAGCUCCCUGCUCAACCACAAGAACAGCCACAAGACCGGGACCUACUUCUGCAACUCCUGCCAGAAGGAGUUCCCCAACCUGAUGUCUCUCAAGAACCACCGACGGAUCCAUACCGAGCCUAAACGCUACCAGUGCCCUGACUGCGGCAAGUCGUUCCGGGUGUCCACACAACUCAUCUGCCACCGACGCAUCCACACCAAGGAGAAACCGUUCUCCUGCCAGCAGUGUGACAAGCGCUUCUCCUCCAAGUCCAACCUGAGGCACCACAUGAAGGUGCACUGGAGCGGCUCGACGGCGCCCCCUCCCAUGGCCAUGCGUGCGCCCAACUUCCUGGAUCUCAGCCCGGCGAGUUCGACCGGCAGCUCCAGGAGCUUCGUCUGCAGUCAGUGUGGUCGCUCGUACCGCCACGCCAGCUCCCUGCUCAACCACAAGAACAGCCACAAGACCGGGACCUACUUCUGCAGCUCCUGCCAGAAGGAGUUCCCCAACCUGAUGUCUCUCAAGAACCACCGCCGGAUCCACACCGAGCCCAAACGGUACCGCUGCCCUGACUGCGGCAAGUCUUUCAGGGUGUCCACGGCGCUCGUCUGCCACCGCCGCAUCCACACCAAGGAGAAACCGUUCUCCUGCCAGCAGUGUGACAAGCGCUUCUCGUCCCGGUCCAACCUGAGGCACCACAUGAAGGUGCACUGGCGGGGUCCGCCACUAUCAAGGGGGACGUCAUCUGCCUUCCUCGCCGUCCCCUCCAGACCUUUCAGCUGAACGUCCUGAAACAGGCUGAAGAACCUCAAAACCCUUCGUCCCUGCAGAGGUCCGGUCCGGUCCAGUUCAGGUUUAAGUCUCAGAGGAAACUGAACCACUGAGAGAAGCUUCACGAUUCCUCUGGAACAUUUGACCUGAAAACCAUCGAAACCUGAACUCAGCUGCUUCAAAAUGAAGCUCACUGUGGCAAAUGUAAAAUAUGACGAGUCAACUACGACUCCCAGGAUGCAUUUCACUUACAGACAUCAAUCAGAUGCAUUCAAGGUGUGUUUAGAAAUCUGUUUCAUUCUCAGACAUUCUGAAUUCUCUGAGAGACGCCUGACUGGCUUCAUCACCAUAGCAACAGCAGCUGAGGCUGAUGGGUAAUGUAGUAAUGUAGGCAAACAGAAAAACUUUGAUUGAAAAGCAUCUCUGGAGUUUUUGGAUCAUGUGACUUCUGAUCUUUCAGUUUACCCUCACAAACCAAUAUGUAAACACAUAAUCUGAUAUAUUGAUCACUUGAUAUUUCUGAAUUUGUAUAAUUGUAAGAUUACGUCUCUGAAUCUUUUAGAAUGAGGCGUCACACCUUCAGACUGCCGCUUUGUCCCUGAUGAGAUUCUCAGGCUGACGUCACACGAACAUCUCUGAUCGUCUUCAUGGAUCAUCUGUGUGACGACCUCCGUGGUGCGUUCAGGGUCAGACUGUGAAACAUGAAAGACAAUGGGACCUGGAGGACGUCGUGGACCUGAAACGAGGACAUUUGUGUCUUUAUGCUUGUGUGUUGUGUUCAGACGUGUUGCUUACCUGAAGCUGAGGACGUGUAUUCUGUGGAAGAUGCCUUCAGGUGAGCCAGAGAGAACCUGUAAAAAAGAGCGAUGGAAUCAAACCUGUGAACUUUUGUACUGAGCCACAUGUUGAAGGAGGGUGAGGACGUCGUCUCUAUGUGAGGCGUUCAGGGACGAUCACGGAGGGUUGGGUUCUUCACAGGCAACAGGUGGAGGGCGUGGCCUCAGUUCACCUGUCGGAGCCGAUCAGCCAAUCAGCACACUUCUGUCUGAUUCAAACAUUAGAUCCUUUACCGACCCCCCAGAAUAAAAUCCACCAUGUUUUUUUCUAUUCUGUGUUUAAUAAUCUCAAAAGUUAAUGUGAGAAAUGUUUUUAAUGUUUUUAAUGUUUGAGUUAAUGUAAACAUGAAUGUGCUCAUUAAUUAUGAAAAACUGUCAAAAUUAAUUGUGACUUAAAUCAAAUUUAUAUAUUUGAACUUUAUGUUUGAGAUAAUAUUUAAUAAGUAUAAUAUUUCUCAUUUGUUAUCUGAUAAUUAGAAGGAAGUCGUCAUCAGUGUUUCUUUAUGAUGAGACGUUUCAUAAUGACAUUCAUCACAUACACAUUCAGUGUGUCACAUUCAUGUUUCUCAUAAUUAUCAGAUACUAUCUCAGAAUAAUGAAAAGUAAAAACAAUGAUUAUGAGAUUAAUUACUGUUUCUCAAUGAAAAACUCAGUUAUGGCUAAUUAUUAUGAAAUGAAGUGUCUAAUAAUUAUAAUAUAAUCACCUGAUCAUCGUUGUGUCCUGACAAACAUCUGAUGACGUCAUUAUUCUGGUUUUCAAUGAGACUGAAUAUUAAUGAUGAACAAUGAUUAUCAGACAGAUAGUUCUUAUAAACUCUUCAUGAUAGAAACAGUCAGCUGGUGGAUUGUUUCCCUCACAGCGCCACCUGCUGACCAGGUGUGACAGCAGCCACGCCUGUUUCUUCUUCUGUGGUGGAGCCUGCUGGAGGUUCAAACUACUGAGACAUAGAAUCAGAACUGACGUGAAUGCCGCCAUUCAUCACUUUUCUAAACUUCAGCUGGUUUAUCAGUCAUCGCGGCGGCCAUUUUGUGUCCCCUCCUCACACCUGCAGCUGUGCACACCUGGACGCUGCAGACACAAACCUGACACGUUGUCAUGGACUCGUAAUGAGCGGUGAAUAACAAGCAUCUGGUGAUUCUGCAAAUAUGAGAAACUAACAAAAGUUACAGUUUUGAUGAAACUGUUCGUACAGUAAUUCAUUCUUACAUGACGGCACGUGCCACCUGCAGACCAGGGGAAUCGAACCAGCGACCUUCUGGUAACAAGGCGCUGGCUCGACCUCUGAGCUACAGCCGCCACAUUUACAGAACUGGAUCAAAGUUUAACCACAAUAAAUUUAAACAGAAUUAACAUCUGGAAACUUUAACCACAGAAGAGCUCAACACAAAGAUCUUUCAUCAGGAGAAACUGAGUCGUUCUGGUAAUUUUCAUUUUCAUAAUUAAGUUUUGAUUUGAACAAAAUGUAAAUGUGUACAGACUUUCUGUCGAUCAGAUCGUGAGAUUUAUUCUACAUGAUACUCUGAUCGUUUGCGUCCGGCAGACUCAUCAGUCAGUAAUCAAGUCAAAGCUUUCAGCUUCACAUCGGACUCAAAGUUCAGCCUGCACGCUGCAGGCGGGGAUGCAGAAUGGCGCAGUGGUAGAUCGACCGGUAGAACGUAGCAGUAGACGUUGGGUUGAUGAUGUGUUGUUGUCGUACGUCUGUUUCAGCUUUUAUAUGUAAACAACACAAAUAACUGUAGAUUAGAAUGAUUUCUACUGUAACGAACUGACUCACCAGCAGCUGGAGGAGGAUGAGCCUGAACGCAUCACUGCAUAGGAACACCAGUGUUUUAUUGUUUUCACACAAGCACACACACACACACAGUCCUGAUGCCACAAAUACAACACAUGUAGAUUCAUCCGCCAUUAAAAAAGUCCCUCCGUCACACUUCACCUGGUGUCAGCUGACAGAAUCAGGACCAUCGUCAGAACUGAAGCUGAACAAAGGUGAACAUUCACCUCUGAAACAUGAAGUUUCUCCUCCUGAUUUUCUUUCCUCAGUUGAGUUUUUCCACCAGGACGAGAAGAGAAGAGAAGAGAAGAGAAGAGAAGAGAAGAGAAGAGAAGAGAAGAGAAGAGAAGAGAAGUGUGGAGCUGCUGUGAUGAUCUGUACGACUCUGUUCUUCUGUGUUUUUAUAAAUAAAUCCUGUUUCUACACCGUC